UGAACAUAUAGCCUACCUACCGAACAUAUUGAGACAAAAAAGUGAUAAUGUUGUUUUGAGUGGAAUUGACUAUAGCCUACCUUAAAGACAAAUUUGGUCAAAUGCUAUGCAAUUUGCCAUAGAUGGACUUCACCCAGGGUCCUCUUUGAUUGUAGCCCUAAGGUUGCCCAGUCUUCCACUUUAUAUGUCUGCAGCCUAUGUGUAUUUUAUAGGCUCUAGGUGUAAUGCGUGUACUGUCUAUGUCUAAUGUCCACACCUAAAGUCUGUCUAUGUCUGCAUGGGAAAGUAAGAAACGUAAUUUCAAUUCUUAUGGCCAGCGCACGUAGGCUAAAGAAAUUGACAAUAAAGCCGACUUGACUUGACAGGGUUCCUAAUAGGCCGAACUAUACGCGUAUGGGCAGUCAUGCCGUGGAGUGUGUUUUACGCAGUCCAAAACAUCCUAUUUGCAGAGUAAUACAGAAGGCGAAGGCAAGUUAUUACUAUUUCGUUGGAUAGACGACAAUGUGAAAUUAAUCACUCGGACUUCGAAGGCAACAUGUGAUAUCUGGAAAAUUCUUAAAAUCGCGAGUUUCCAGGACAAAACAGUCUCAAGUCCCCAAAACGCCACCACCACUAUUGACGUCGCAGUUAAGUUUUAACACCAAAAACGGACACAAGACCACUUUGUUAAUGUUUCUCUGAGCGUUGGGUUGUUCAUUUUGUCAGAGGACUUGUUGACGCACCCAAAAGUUGUUUAAUUACCUACAUAUUUUAACAUAAACCGAGAGCAGAAAACACAACCGGGCUGCUAGAAGAGACAAAGAGUCGGUGAGUUCGCUUGGUUGAAUCUCUACGGCUCUCAUGUCGGUUUUAAGUCCUGCCCACUGGCUUGUCCCGUCAUUCACUUUGUGGAAAUCCUGUGAGGAAAAACGACAAGCAUGGCAGACGCUGCUCCAGCCCCCGCUGCCGCACCGGCAAAGGCACCUAAGAAGAAGGCGGCACCCAGGCCCAAGAAGACUGGCCCAAGUGUCGGGGAGUUGAUCGUGAAAGCAAUCGCUGCUUCCAAGGAGAAGAAGGGAGUGUCCCUUGCCGCUCUGAAGAAGGCGCUCGCAGCUGGUGGAUACGAUGUGGAGAAGAACAAGGCUCGUGUCAAAGUGGCAGUCAGAGGACUGGUCACCAAAGGCACACUUGUCCAGACGAAAGGAGUCGGCGCGUCCGGAUCCUUCAAGCUAGCCAAGAAGGCGGCAGAGCCCAAGAAGAAGGCCGUCAAGAAGCCAGCGGCCAAAAAGCCAGCUGCUAAGAAGCCCGCCGCAGCAAAAAAGCCCAAGAAGGCAGCAGCCAAAAAGCCAGCCGCCGCUAAGAAGUCCCCAAAGAAGGCAAAGAAGCCCGCCGCCCCCAAGAAGGCCACUAAGAGUCCGAAGAAGGCAAAGAAGCCCGCAGCUCCCAAGAAGGCAGCAAAGAGCCCGAAGAAGGCCAAGGCAGCCAAGCCCAAGGCAGCUAAACCCAAGGCAGCUAAACCUAAAGCCGCCAAGCCCAAGAAGGCAGCCCCCAAAAAGAAAUAAAUGCAUUUUAGGCUGCUGUGUUACAAACAAAAGGCUCUUCUAAGAGCCACCCAAUUGCAUCAUUAAUUGCACGUAUUCCAAUGACAAACACGUUUCAAGUACUGUAUUUGAGUUUGCCCGAGUGAAUUGCCAUCAAACAUGAUUUGCGCCUUUUCUCUCCAACACACGUCAUUCCGUGUUUUUAAAACCACCGAGGCCCCACUCGCGACACUGCAGCUGCUA